AUGUUGUCAGGUAGGUUGCCUUGGGAAAGUGAUAGUAGUGAUGAUGAAGCUUUGUUAUUAUUUUCAUUAAAUAAUAAUAAUAAACAAAAAAGGAAAUGGGUCCAUGAAGUAAACAUGGAACGUAAAAAGUUUGAAUAUUUUCGUAUGGGUAUGAAACAAUUUGAUCAACUUUUAUCAAUUAUUAAAAAGGACAUCGAGAAAAAGGAAUUAAAUCUCAGGGAAAGUAUUACAGCCGAGGAACGAUUAGCCGUUUGUUUAAGGUUUCUAGCCACUGGAAAUUCAUUUCGGUCAUUAGCUUUCAAUUAUCGCAUGGGCAGGUCUACAAUAAGUAACAUAGUCGAAGAAGUCUGCGAAGCCCUAUGGAAAAACCUUCAGCCUAUCGUAAUGCCUGAUCCUAAUGAAGAAAUAUGGAGAGCUUCAGAAAAAGUGUUUAAAGAAAAAUGGAACUUCCCUCAUUGUGUUGCUGCAAUCGAUGGGAAGCAUGUCCGUGUUAAGGCACCGGCUCAUAAAGGUUCAGAAUUUUUCAACUAUAAAAAAUAUCACUCGGUUGUCUUGCUAGCACUAGUAGAUGGAAAUAAAAUGUUGUUGGGCAAUAUGGAAGAGUUAGUGAUGCAAGUGUGUAUAGUAACAGCACUAUUGGAAAACGUUUAA